AUGUCGAUUGCGAAACAGACCUUCCCAACAUUCAAACAGCUCUACCGCGAAAUCACCCGCGAGCUCCUCACCUACGAACAGAAAACCAAAGCCAUGCUCACGCUUCAAGAAGCCCAGAAACAGAAAGCGAAAUUGCUCUAUCAGAAGCUCCAACGAGCCAAAUCCGGCCAGUCUCAUCUCGAAAUAGAUGAACAGUUGAAGAGCCUCGAUCGCGCGCAGCCGUCGCUGCAGGGUGAGGGGGAAUUGCACGAUUUGAGGACUUUGCAUGGCAUCGUGGGCGAUAAAGCCGGCAUUAAUCCAUCUUACGAGUUGAACAACUUGAAUAAUGUUGCUGUUUAUUUGCGUAACCAGCGCGAGUAUUUCGAUUUGUUGGUUCGGUAUAACCCUGGCUUGAGCAUGGACCAGCUGGAGAAUGUUAGUCGUUCUGCUAACCGUGUGGGAUUGCUGGUGCCGGAAUAA